ACUGACCUAGGACCUAGGUGGUCGCCAUGAACUAGCUGUGACUUGCCGACACACACACGCACGCAAAGAGUGCGCCCUGGCUGCAACCACCAGAGGGCUGUAUAAAACCCCGGACUCUUGACAACGGAUCGCUCCUUUCUUUGUGCCCGUCGGUGGGAAGCAAAUUUUCCAAGAACUUUUCCAGUUGCAUCCGGCACCCCCAUUGAAAAGCAAAUCUCCGCCCUGUCCCUGUGGCCGGUGGGGGGGAGAACCUAUAGACAAAGGUCGGAGGAGAUCCGCUGUUUUUCUUCCUUCUGCAGUUUCAGCUCGUAGAGGACAAAGAUGCAGCAAAGUGGCAAGGAGAAGGAAAGAGAAGGCAUGAAAGAAGAAUGUUUCAGGAAAAGCGAGGCGUUUCUGAGAGAGACAGAAACCGAGAGGAAGAUGAUCAUCCGGGAGUGGAAUGAGUUGCGGACGUUUAUUGAACAGCAAGAAAAAUGUGCAUUGAGGAGGCUGGAGGAGCUGGACAGAGAGAUUGUUGCAAGGAGAGGCGAGAACAUUUCAGGAAGUAGCAAGAAGACCUCACUUCCUGGCAUGGAUGCAGAAAGCAGUGGGAGACCAUCUGCAAAGAUGAAAAUCCUCAACACGAGCAUCAGUAGGACGAGGAGCAGGAACAAUGGGGUAUUCCCUAAUCCUGCAAUGGGUCUAGUCGAGCUCGAAAAGAGGAUAAAGCAUUUCUCUCAGAAAAGGAUUAUCACACAAGACGUGCUGUCGGCAUUUAAAGAAAUUAUACAAAUGGAGCUGGGGAAUGACUUAAGUCCCACUUUCUUAUCUGUCCCAGGCUACCAAGGAAAGUCGUCCUUCUACUCAAGAUUCCUCCAAUGUUGCCGAAGACAUGGAAGGGAAAUGGCUGCAUUAGACCUGGACCCGGGGCUCGUGACCUUUGAGGAGGUGGCUGUCCAUUUCACUGAGGAGGAAUGGGCUCUCCUGGACCCUCACCAGAAAGCUUUGCACAGGGACAUUAUGCAGGAGAAUUAUGAAAAUGUCACCUCUGUGGUGCUUUCCCUCGCCAAGUCUGAUGGGGUACCCUGGAUAGAUGAAGGGGCAGGGGCAAGCUUCCUGGUUCCGUGUUCUGACAAGAGGAAUCAUUGUGACGUCACCAAUACAGCCCAUGUUGCUGAAGGAAAUACAAACAGAAUGGAGAAUAAUUUACUACUGGACAAUUCUGAGCAAGAAAUACCUCAUGGGACUUCUUUCGGAAGCGCAAAGGACUUACCUCUCCAGAGUCAUGAGGGAGCGGAUUUGACUGUGCAUCAACGCAGAUCAACGAGACAGCAACAAAACAAAACAAAGUCCAAAGAGGAAAAGCCCGUUCCCCCUCAGAAUGGCUGUCAGGAUGUCAGGAAAACCACUGUCCAGAAGAGAAUCAUUAAGAGUGGGAGGCAAAAGGCAUGUAACAAAUGUGGGAAACUCUUUAGUCAAAGUGUUCUCCUCCUUAAGCAUAAGAGAACCCACCUGGGCGUGAAACCCCAAAAAUGUUCAGACUGUGGUAAAAUCUUCAGCCGGCAAUCCUGCCUUCACAAACACAAGAGAACCCACAGAGUGGCGAAAUUGUUCGACUGCUUGGACUGCGGGAAAUCUUUCCAUCGGCGUUCCCACCUUGCUUCACACCAAGGAAUCCACGCAGGAGUCAAACCUUACAAGUGUUCGGAUUGUGGGAAAAGCUUCCGGAGGGGACCUGACCUUAACAGGCAUCAGAAAAUCCAUACGGGAGAAAAACUGCAUGAAUGCUCGGAAUGUGGGAAGAGCUUCCUCCUGAGUUCAAGCCUCUCUAAACACGAGAGGACCCAUACAGGAGAGAAGCCCUACAAAUGCUCAGACUGUAAGAAGAGUUUCAGCCAGAGAUCUCACCUUAUUGUUCACAAAAGAACCCAUACCAGGGAGAAGCACCUAAAACAAGUCUUUGCUCUUAAGCAAGUAUGGUUUCCUCUAAUCAGGAAAGCCUACCUCACAGCACAUCAGAGAACCCACACAAGAGAGAAACCCUACAAGUGCUCUGACUGUGGCAAAAACUUUAAACUGAACUCAGCAUGUAUCAAACACAAGAGAAGUCAUCUUUUAAAUACUCAGAGGGUAAGGGAUGCUUCUGUAUGAUGCGAAAAAAAUCCGCGCGGGGAUUCAAAUUGUGCAAAUGAGAUAAUGCAAGAAAUUCUUGCAUGAAGUGAGAAGAAAGAAUUAGUCAGGUUUAGUGGUUAGAGUGUAGGAUUAAGAGCAGGGAGAUCUGGGUUCAAAUCCCCAGUCAACCAUGAAGAAUUGGAUGACCUUGAUCCAGUCAAUUCAUUUCAAUUCCAUGUAUCUCAUACAGUUGCUCUGAAGAUGAAAUACCAGUGGAGAAAAACACACACAGUGUGUUGAAUUCCAUGAAGGGAGAAUGAAAUUAAAAAUAAGAGAGACAGUGCUGCAUCUAUGAGGUGCAUCAGGAUCAAUUUCCACAGGACAGAAAUCUCAGACCCUGGAUUAUAGAGUGGACUCGGCUUCUGUCAUAUAUGAUUAGCACACUUUCUCCUCUUCCCACAUGCUGUUCCUGCUAUGGAUUGUCACUACAGUGUAUAUAGAAGGAGAUUCAGCCUCUGUCCCAUGUGGAAGCACUAUGGUGAAGGAAAUGUUUGGCCUUUUGCACACAGGAAUGUGAGAACAUGAUCUAAGAGGAGCCCUGCUAGAGCUGAACCAGUGGUCCAUCUUGUCCAAAAUCCUUGCCUCGGAGAGUGGUGGAGUCUCCUUCUUUAGAGGUUUUUAAACAGAGCUGGAUGAGCAUAUGUCGGGAGUGUUUUGAUUGUGUGUUCCUGCAUGGCAGGGGGUUGGACUUGAUGGCCCUUGUGUUCUCUUCCAACUCUAUGAUUCUAUGUACUUGGCCAAGCAGGGAAUGGAAGCUGAGACCUUUCUUUGUUGUUCCUGCCCCUCCCAGCAUAAUUGGC